AUGGAGCAGCUCCUUUCCAAACCGAACGUAGUGUACACGAAGGCAGACCAAUGCCAAUACGGACUCCGUGGAGAAUCUGGCCAACCUCAAAGAAAACGGACUGGUUUCGCCACCAAUAGCCCCGAGAUCGCCAAGGCCCUGAACACUCUAUGCCCUGGCGACCAUCAACAUGAAGUCAUUAUCGGUGGCAAAAAGUCCAAGAAAGCACAGAUUUAUCCGGAAGGUCUUCGGGAAGCCAUCCUCGCGGCCUACUCACGCUCGAUUGGAGCUGAGGACGAUCAGAUCAAGUCGAAAGAGUUCUACCUGGCCCCCCAUGGGAACUACAUGCUGAAGAACCACGAGGUGAGGAUGAUGAAGGAGACCAUGAACCGGAAGGAGAUGAACAACCAAAUGCACCACUACCUCUGGAACGCUGCAGCUCAGGCUUUCAUCGAAGCCGACGCCGACAACGCCCUGCGGAGAGCUAUUUCAUCAGGACCAAGACCGAUCCUCGAUUACGACAUCGGUAUCGAACAAAGGCACCACAGGAAAACCUUCCUCAACCUCCUGCAGCAGAAGAUCCGCGAGAACAAGAUCAUGACGAACUUCCUGCUGAAGAAGGAUCAGGAGAACAACCAGAAGAACACCCCACCAUAG